GACGGCACGAUUGUUCUCCGUAAAACAUUAGGCCGAAAACGAUUCGGUUGGUCAAGUACUACAUCACAAAGCAGUCUUGAUAGUACAAAUAGUUUUGCAUUUGUUGCGCCUGAUUUAAGCAAAGAUCCUGAACACAAAUCUAGUCGGGAAUAUCGUAAU